AAAGAGUGAAUGCCAUGCGUCAAGCGUCACCGUAGUAACGUUACUCAAAUUACACCUACUGUGCAUCGCGUGAUUCAUCUGAAAUUCCAUUGUUUAUUCAAAAGUAUACGUGGACAAUUAUUUACGAAGCGUCUCAAUGUUAUUUUUGAUAACAGUGUUACGUGGUAGACGUACGUCAUUUUCGCAGAGAAAUCAAAAAGUGAUCGUUUUAAAACUCGAACGAUAAGAAUCGACUCUGAACAGUCAAGCAUAAAAAGUUCGUUCAGAUGUUGAUUAUAAAAUUAAAAGCCUUGCAGCGAUAUGGAUACUAAUUACAAAGCAAACAUCCUCAAGUGGCUACCAUAUCCUGGCGUCAUCCUCGAGAAAUGGUUAGCUGAAUCGUUGGCGCUUAUCGAGAGAAUGGGCAAGCUCGUGGAAUGCAUAGCCUUAAUCAUCCAAGACAUUACAGACGUGCAGGCUUGUGAUCUAGAGGUAUACAAAGGUGUCGCGAACGACUUAGAAGAAGCGAUGAACGAAUACAAGCUAAUUUGUACAGUGACUCUCAGCGCGCAUCCAAUAUACAAAUUUAAAAUGUGUCAUUUCUUGACGCAGUUGAAACGCAAAAUGAAUACGCUUGCCAGGUUUACUAAAAAUUUGAUCAACGAAAUCGUUGACUGUAACAGCGACGAAUUACUCAGAGUAAUUUUCAGAUUAGUGAACAUUUAUAACAAUAUUUUGGAUAUGAAUAUCGAUGUUUCGGAUUCAUCGACGAACGUGUUCUAUAACGAUUGUCCAUCCAUGUUGGAACCUCUGAAAAAGAUGUCUGUUACACGAAUACUACAGGCGUUAGCGAAAAAUAGGGCAGAGGAAUCUUGCCACGAACUUAUCGAUUGUCUAUUGGCGAAUUACGAACCCCAUGAGAAAACCGAUCCUGCAUCAGCAAUGUCCGCGGACGUGGAUGCUUCGGAAAAUUCCAGCAUCGAGAUCUACCGGGCCCUCACGAGACACUUAACGCCACCGACGGAAAGUUCAUCUUGCAAAGUCGAUUUGGAAGUGUCGGACAUCGAAAACAUUCAGACCCUGGUCAACACUCAGAACGAACAGGUUCUUCGGUUGUUAAAUAUCGUGCAACAAGUUUCACCGCAGCUGUUAGGUGUCGAUGCAACGAAGACCGUCAAAGGCGAGACAAGAGUGAGAGGUAGCGCGAUGAAGAAAGUGAAAAAUUAUUAUCAGGAAGUGGCAUGGGGUGCACUGUCAGGAAUUCUAGAUCACGUUGUUCUUUGGUGGUCUCGAGAAGCGCUUGCUACACGUCACAGUCAUGGAGCACAGCAACUGAAGGAUUGGUUGAGCCAUUUUGUUCAAAGGAACCACGUACCACAGACCGUGAGACCGGCAUUGCAAAACCUCUGCGACGCUCUUGGUUAUCAUGCUACCGUUACCGAGUGGGACCAUCUCUUCAGACUAGCCUACACGUCGUCUUUUCAAUGUCAAUCGAAAGCCUCGUCUACGGAGGGGACCAAUACGGGUCAGAUGUUCAUCGAGUUGUUCCAGUUGCUCGUUCGAUUGAGUAACGAGUGCGAGGCAGGCGGUGAAUGGGUGAUCGGAGCACCGUUGAUGGAGUUACCUCUGUCGGAACAGAUCGUCGUUCUUCACCGAUUGGAUCAUUCGGUUCACACUGCCAGAUUGUGGAUUGUUCAGGAAGCGAAGAUCAUAGCUCACACGUGGGAACUCGAUGUAUUCUUCUUGUUGGUCAAAGGCGAUAUAGUGAACUGCCUGGAAGAGUUGUCUUAUCUAAAGCUUGCUGAUCAUGCUAGCACGCUAUCGAUGGAUUCUGUCAGUGUUCAGGUAUACGUUUGCGCAAAGAUGAGGGCGAAAAUCGUGUCAGAAGUGAGCGUCAAUAUAGAGUUACUUCAGAAGUGUUCUACUCAGUGCGUGGAUAUUCUUGCGAAAAUCUGUCGCGUGAUCAGUUUGGCGAAUCUGCACAUGUGCUUUCCACCAUCGAGUUAUUGGAGAAAAGGAAGCGACGAUGCUCCAGUGGCUGCCAGUCUUUACGUGGAACCAUAUUUUGAAAAAGUGCUACUUCCGGUGUUGGAGGUCAUCGAAGACCCCGAGACGUCCAAUAUGAUCCUCAGAAUCAUGUGCGAGGCGUGGCUCGAUUAUAUAUAUCUGCACCGAAUCAAAUUUAGCGAAUGUGGCGCGCUGCAAUUACUCACGGACUUUGCAUACGUGUCGAAGUGGGUCUCGAAUUGCUCGAUCAUUUCUCAGAACGUACGGAGUCAGUUGCUGAAGAACGAGGUUCUUCGACGUUGCGAGGGAGUGGGUCGGCUCCUUCUGCGACAACCCGGCGAAGCGAUUUCGAUGCGCAAACGAUUGAGUACGAGACGAAAUAGUGAAGCGAGGAAGCGGCGACAAAAACGACGAAUUUUUCUCUGUCUAAUUUUUCAGCUAGGAGAACGAACGAACGGGGAUCACCCGAAUCACCGGGAUUGGAACGCAUGCCAGCGGAAAUGUACGUUCCAAAUCAGAAACAGUGGCUGGAGCUACGAGCGUCGAAGGUGUACAACUUUUGCUGCACGAAAUGAAACGAUUAAAUUAUUUUAGUCGACAUAUAUACAGGGUGUGCCAAUAAAAUGUAUUCACACUUUAUUAUUAUACAACUAUUAGAUAAGGUGAAUGAAGAGUAAGUUGAACGUUCACAAUGACCUGCAUCAGCAUCAAAGCCGUCGAAUAUUUUUGCUAUCAUUCUUAUGCUCAAUAUUACUUAUGUAUACAUUUUACCGUCACAUCCUGCAUUUGUACACCAAUUUCUAAACCACUACAUCUUUAAAAUAUGUAUACAUUCUAAACAAAUAUAAUAAUUUGGAACAAUA